UCAAGAACGAGUUAUUUUCAGCUGCUGACUGGAGACGGUGCACGUCUGGAUACGGGAGCAUUUCCACUAUGGGACUGGAUACAGACACACGCCCGGCGGACUUCAAGAGUCUCAGACUGAGGAGAAAGCCCUUCCUGCUGCUGCUGCUGCUGCCGCCGCUGCUCCUGAAGAUCCACUCCUUUCAUGGUUUUUCUUGCCAAGCCAGAGGCACCUUCGCUGCUGCCGCUGUUCUCUUUGGUGUCAUCCAGCGGCUGGCCAGAGGAUGAGACUCCCCAAACUCCUCACUUUCUUGCUUUGGCACCUGGCUUGGCUGGACCUGGAAUUCAUCUGCACUGUGUUGGGUGCCCCUGACUUGGGCCAGAGACCCACGGGGGCCAGGCCAGGAUUGGCCAAAGCAGAGGCCAAGGAGAGGCCCCCCCUGGCCCGGAACAUCUUUAGGCCAGGGGGUCACAGCUAUGGUGGGGGGGCCACCAACACCAGGGCAAAGGCAGACCCCGGGCAGACACAGGCCAAGAAGGAUGAGCCCAAAAAGCUGCCCCCCAGAUCUGGUGGCUCUGAACCCAAGCCAGGACCCCCUCCCCAGACCAGGCAGCCUGCAGCCCGGACUGUAACCCCAAAAGGACAGCUUCCCGGGGGCAAGGCACCCCCCAAAGCAGGAUCUGUCCCCAGCUCCUUUCUGCUGAAGAAGGCCAGGGAGUCUGGGCCCCCUCGAGAGCCCAAGGAGCCGUUCCGCCCGCCCCCCAUCACACCCCACGAGUACAUGCUCUCGCUGUACAGGACGCUGUCCGAUGCUGACAGAAAGGGAGGCAACAGCAGCGUGAAGUUGGAGGCUGGCCUGGCCAACACCAUCACCAGCUUUAUUGACAAAGGGCAAGAUGACCGAGGUCCUGUGGUCAGGAAGCAGAGGUACAUGUUCGACAUUAGUGCCCUGGAGAAGGAUGGGCUGCUGGGGGCCGAGCUGCGGAUCUUGCGGAAGAAGCCCUCGGACACGGCCAAGCCAGUGGCCCCUGGUGCCGGGCGGGCUGCCCAGCUGAAGCUGUCCAGCUGCCCCAGCGGCCGGCAGCCGGCAGCCUUGCUGGAUGUGCGCUCGGUGCCAGGCCUGGAUGGAUCUGGCUGGGAGGUGUUCGACAUCUGGAAGCUCUUCCGAAACUUUAAGAACUCGGCCCAGCUGUGCCUGGAGCUGGAGGCCUGGGAACGGGGCCGGGCUGUGGACCUCCGCGGUCUGGGCUUUGACCGGGCUGCCCGGCAGGUCCACGAGAAGGCUCUAUUCCUGGUGUUUGGCCGAACCAAGAAACGGGACCUGUUCUUUAAUGAGAUUAAGGCCCGCUCGGGCCAGGAUGAUAAGACCGUGUAUGAGUACCUGUUCAGCCAGCGGCGGAAACGGCGGGCUCCGCUGGCCACUCGCCAGGGCAAGCGACCCAGCAAGAACCUCAAGGCCCGCUGCAGUCGGAAGGCCCUGCAUGUCAACUUCAAGGACAUGGGCUGGGAUGACUGGAUCAUUGCGCCUCUUGAGUACGAGGCCUUCCACUGUGAGGGGCUAUGCGAAUUCCCCUUGCGCUCCCACCUGGAGCCCACGAACCACGCAGUCAUCCAGACCCUGAUGAACUCCAUGGACCCCGAGUCCACACCACCCACCUGCUGUGUGCCCACGCGGCUGAGUCCCAUUAGCAUCCUCUUCAUUGACUCUGCCAACAACGUGGUGUAUAAGCAGUAUGAGGACAUGGUUGUGGAGUCUUGUGGCUGCAGGUAGCAGCACUGGCCCUCUGUCUUCCAGGUUGGCAUAUCCUGGGAGCCCCUCCCCUUACUCCUGGAAUCACAGAGGGGUCAGGAAGCUGCAGUCAGAGCAUCUACACAACCGCACCAAAGGGCAUUCCAGCAGCCUUGUUCACUCUGAGUGUGACUUGGGCUCCCCUUCUAUUCACAAGUCCCCCAUCUGAGGAUUUCUGCUCCUCUGUUACUCUGACUGACAAGGACAGUCUAAGGGGACAGACUCUGCAUGGGACUGAGACCCAGGAGACAGUGUUUUCCAAUGAGACUCAACCUGUAAUCUCUCCUAACUUAGGCCUCCUUGGCCUCUGAACUCUCCAAGGGGGACUGGUGCUAUCCUGAGCAUCUGGUGGGAGAGACACAGGUGUCACCUCCUCUUUGAAUCACCUUUGUGCCUGGUGWCUUUCAAUCUUUAGGGCAGAUGAAAUGCUGAUUGGGCUGGUGUGGGAGAACGGGGAGAGAACUUGGGCAAGGGUAAGGAGUAUGAGGCUGUUAGACUGUUAGAUUAAAAUGUACAUUGAUGAGAAAAAAAAAGCCAAACUGUGCCUAAAA